GCCGAGGCCGCCCGGGCUCUUCGGCGGAGGCGGUCCCCGCGCUUCUCACGAAGGCGCUUUCGCGUUUUGCGGCGGCGGCGGCGGCAGCGGGGGAGGUCGGACGGGCGGGCAGCUGCUGGCUCGUUGCAACCAACACGAAGGACUAACUGGAAGAACUGCCUGCACCAGUUUCCAUUUGAUUUGUGGCCAGUCGUUUGUCCGAACUAUGAGCCCUGUGCUCAGCUUUACAACUGAGAUCCAACAGAUUGUCCUGUGUGGGAAUGGGGCCUUGUGAAAAGAAGCUCCGUAGUUUAAUGCACUCCUUCCAAAGACAGGAAAUACACGAAUCCUCUGCCUGUUUGUGCUCUUCAGGUAACUGUGUAUUGUACUCAGGAGAGUGGAAGGAAGGAUGCCACUGCUCAAAUCCUCAGCCCUGGAAGCCUUAAACAUGGACUCAAGUAUUUCCGCUAAAGACCACACCACAUGCAGCCACAGUAGUUCAUCUGUACCACUCUACCAAGCUCUCAAUCCUUUUGCCCAUUAUUAAUAUUUGGGUGAAAAUGCUAAGCACAGAGUCUGAUCUGACAGCCACAGGCUGAAGAAACACCUGUAUCAAGGCAAUACUCAGAUAUGUGAUAAGUAGAGUUUCAACAGAAGCAAAGAAAAAUUUAAAAAGUGAGAAAUCUGGCAGGAAGAAAAUAAUCCUGCCAGCUGGCUUCCCUAGUUACACAAAGUGGAAAAUGGAGCCAUUGCUGGUGCUGCUGUCUCUUGCUCGGCUGAAAUCUGGUUUGGAUGAGUAAAUUCACAUAAUCAUCAUGGAGGGUGUAAAUCAGUUUUAUCUACAGGAGAGGUAUCUCAUUGCUAGGAGCAGCAUCUAUUUCUUUCCUGCUGUUCUGAACUAGCUAUCAAUCUGCCUCUGAAGUUUAUUUCACAGGAGAAAUUCCAAGGUUGCUGAGAGGAGGAACUCAUCUGUGACUGAAGCACUGGAACUACAGGGAUGUCUGUUGUCAGGAAGACACCACAGCUCUGCAGCUGAGACCCAAAUAAUCCACUGCAAUGUACUGUGCCUUGCUCUGAAGGGACUCAAUGGUCUCCUGAGGCUGACAUAGAGCUGUCAAAUUCUGGCAGAGUGAGAAACCACCAGAUGUUGACGAGUGUGCAGAAGCUACGGAUGACUGUCACAUCGAUGCAAUUUGCCAAAACACACCAAAAUCCUACAAAUGCAUCUGCAAGCCAGGCUAUAAAGGCGAAGGGAAACAAUGUGAAGAUAUUGAUGAGUGUGAAAACGACUUCUACAAUGGAGGUUGUGUCCAUGAGUGUAUCAACAUUCCGGGAAACUACAGGUGUACAUGCUAUGAUGGGUUCAUGUUAGCCCACGAUGGCCACAACUGUCUUGAUGUUGAUGAAUGUCAGGAUAACAAUGGAGGGUGCCAGCAGAUUUGUGUAAAUACUAUGGGCAGCUAUGAAUGUCAGUGCAAAGAGGGCUUUUUUCUGAGUGAUAACCAGCAUACCUGCAUUCAUCGCUCCAUUGAGGGUAUGAACUGUAUGAACAAAGAUCAUGGGUGUGCACACAUCUGCCGGGAGACGCCCAAAGGUGGGGUUGCCUGUGAGUGUAGGCCUGGCUUUGAACUUGCCAAAAACCAGAAGGACUGCAAAUUAACCUGUAACUAUGGGAAUGGAGGCUGCCAGCACACCUGUGAUGACACAGAUACUGGUCCUGUGUGUGGUUGUCAUCAGAAGUAUGCCCUACAUUCAGAUGGCCGAACCUGCAUUGAGAAGGAUGAGGCUGCAAUUGAGAGUUCUGAGUACAAUGCCACGUCAGUAGCUGAUGUGGACAAGCGGGUGAAACGGCGGCUACUUAUGGAAACAUGUGCUGUCAAUAACGGAGGCUGCGAUCGGACUUGCAAGGAUACCGCGACAGGGGUACGAUGCAGUUGCCCAGUUGGAUUUACCCUGCAGCCUGAUGGGAAAACGUGCAAAGACAUUGAUGAGUGCUUGGUGAACAAUGGUGGCUGUGACCAUUUCUGCCGAAACACGGUUGGCAGCUUUGAGUGCAGCUGCCAGAAAGGUUAUAAACUUCUCACAGAUGAACGGACCUGCCAAGAUAUAGAUGAGUGUUCCUUCGAAAGGACCUGUGAUCACACCUGCAUCAACUACCCUGGAAGCUUUGAAUGUCUCUGCCAUAAAGGCUACACCUUGUACGGACUGACGCACUGUGGAGAUAUUGAUGAAUGCAGUAUCAGCAAUGGUAGCUGUGACUAUGGUUGUCUUAAUACAAUGGGGAGCUAUGAGUGUGUCUGUCCACCAGGAAAGAAACUGCACUGGAAUAAAAAGGACUGCGUUGAGAUGGUGAAAUGUCUCCCGAAUGCAAAACCAGCUCCCAAGGCUCAGCUAGUGUGUAGUAAGACAGGAGGCAUAGAGACCUGCUUCCUGUCAUGCCCAUACAAUACUCUUUUUGUUCCAGAUUCAGAGAACAGCUACACGCUGAGCUGUGGCGUUCCCGUCCAGCAAGGCAAGGCCCAGCAGAAACGCAACGCGACCCUGCCCAGCUGCACAGAUUCAUUAGCCCCUCCAAUCAAGCAGAAAGCUCGUUUUAAAAUUAAAGAUGCAAAGUGCCAUUUACGGCCUCGCAGCAAGGAAAAAACAAAAGAUUCUGGGAAGCAAGCUGGUUUAGGAGGUCAAUUCCCUUGUACAGACAACUGCCAAGUGACGUUCGUGAAUCUCAAGUGUGAUUCCUCCAAGAAAAAACGCCGAGGCCGCAAGUCACCAUCAAAAGAAGUGUCCCAUAUCACCGCAGAGUUUGAAGUGGAGAUGAAGUCAGAAGAAGUCUCAGACACCUGUAACAUUGACUGUGUUCGGAAAAGGAUGGAGCAGAAGCUGCAAACUGCAAUCAAAACAUUGAGGAAAUCUAUUAAUAAACAGCAAUUUUACAUUCAGUUUUCUGGGACAGAAUAUGAAGUGGCUCAGAAGCCAGCUAAAGCUACUGAAGGGCAUGAAGCGUGCAGUACAGGGCAAGUGCUGCAGGAGGGAAAAUGCGUUACCUGCAGCACGGGCACCUUUUAUAGCGGAGAGCAUAAUCAGUGCGUUCCUUGCUCACCGGGAACAUACCAAGACACAGAAGGUCAACUUACCUGUGAGCCUUGCCCAAGUAACGAUGGACAGGGAGUAGCAGGCGCCCGGAACGUGUCAGAAUGUGGAGGGCAGUGUUCUCCAGGGCACUAUUCUUCAGAUGGCUUUAAACCUUGUAGAGUCUGUCCUCUUGGUACAUACCAGCCUGAACCAGGAAGGACCCUCUGCUUUCCAUGUGGUGGUGGGCUUGUGACCAAGUAUGAAGGUGCUGUUUCCUUUCAAGACUGCGAAACUAAAGUUCAUUGUUCUCCUGGACACUACUACAACUCUACAACACACAGAUGUAUUCGAUGCCCUGUGGGAACAUACCAGCCUGAGUUUGGUCAAAACUACUGCAUCACCUGCCCUGGGAACACAAGUACAGAUUUUGAUGGCUCCACUAAUGUUACACACUGCAAAAACCAGCACUGUGGAGGAGAACUUGGGGAUUAUACUGGCUACAUUGAAUCGCCCAACUAUCCUGGAGACUACCCCGCUAACGUUGAAUGCAUUUGGAAUAUAAAUCCACCUCCAAAGAGGAGAAUACUCAUCGUAGUACCUGAGAUAUUUCUCCCAAUUGAAGAUGAAUGCGGUGAUGUUUUAGUAAUGAGAAAAAGUGCUUCUCCUACCUCAAUUACUACAUAUGAAACAUGUCAGACUUACGAGAGACCUAUUGCAUUUACCUCAAGAUCAAGGAAGCUCUGGAUUCAGUUCAAGUCAAAUGAAGGAAACAGUGGCAAAGGAUUUCAGGUCCCAUAUGUGACUUACGAUGAGGAUUACCAACAACUAAUAGAAGACAUUGUUCGAGAUGGACGUUUAUAUGCAUCAGAAAACCAUCAAGAAAUCCUAAAGGACAAGAAACUGAUUAAAGCUCUCUUUGAUGUACUGGCACAUCCACAAAACUAUUUCAAGUACACAGCACAAGAGUCAAAAGAGAUGUUUCCAAGAUCAUUUAUCAAGCUACUGCGAUCAAAAGUUUCCAGAUUUCUACGACCAUACAAAUAGUCUAGUGGUAUUCAAUUUUGGGUUAUUUUGCAUUCCUGUCAAAUAUUGUCUUUCCUCCAUAGUAGAAACAUUUGCUAAUUUGAAGGCUCUUUUUUUGCAGUCUUUGUUUUCAAUUGUAUAUUGAAGAAUACCUAUAAUGUUUUAUUAAUAUAACCAUUAAAAGCCAAUGUUCUGAAUGGGAUUUUUACUACAAAAAAAUGUGUGCAUCCUCGAGUGCAUCUAGUUGAAGAUCCAAAUUUGUGUCUGCACUAGUGUGUCUUCACUUUCCAUUUGAAAUUACAUUAUGUGAAAAAUAUUCUUUCUAGCUUUUUUACUUUUCAUCAACAAUAACGUUCAUCGAGGCAAAGAAGGAAUCUAUUCAAAUCUGAUGAAACUACCUGCAGAUAAGUUCUGUUGUAGAAAGAAGCAUGUAGUAUAAAUAAUAUUUGGAUUUUGAAUUGCACUUGAAGUUUAUAUUUGAAUCUUUAGAAGAAAACAAAACAAUCUAAAUUUUGUUAUUUCUUACUUGUGGGUUAGUGGAAGUUCUGUCCAAGUAGAAAUCAAAAGGGAAAAAAAAAAAAGAAGAAAGAAAGAAAAAAAAAAAGAAACAGAUGUAUAAUUUUGUUCUAUGAAUUACUUAAGAUUGAGUCCCAUGCUCUAAUGUCCGAGUGUUUUUAUCUGUCCUCUUCUAAACUUCUUCAGAGGUUUGCCACUGUCAAUUACUCCUUUGAAACAGAUUUAGCUCUGGAUUUCUGUAUACCAGUUGGUCCCUUUGAAGGCAUUUACAAUAGGAUAGGUGAGAAAUGAACAACAACAACAGUAGUAGUCUUGUUUUUCUUUCUGUUAAUAGAGCAUCUAAGUAAGUACAAUAUAUAAAUAUAUAAAUAUAUACUUCUAUUUGUGGGUACAUUAGUAAUGUUAUCUUUAGUAACUGUAAAUAUUAUUCAUGCUUAAAUCUUUACUCCCACACACCCUGUUUACUCAUAUCUAUUUGUAACUUUGCUUAGAUGAUUAAAUGACUUCUCCAAGUGCUUGUCACUUCCAUUUACACCAAACUGAAGCCUUUUGGAGUUUUAUACUAGUAGAUAAUGGUUUACUCUGGGACAAUCUCUUUCAACAUACCUUAUUCCAGGAAAAUGAACAUCAGUUAAGAUGCAACUGCUGUCCAGUAAAGGGUCAGCUCUUGCCUUUUCCUUGGGCACCCCUCACAUGCAGACCGAGUUACCCCUGAGGAUGACACACAUGGGAGGAGCUCACCAAGGAGGAAUUCAUGUUGGAGCUGCCAGCUCUAAAAUGCUGGGAACACACCUGUGUCACAGGCCCAGACUCUAAGGAGAGUGAGGGGGUGAAGAGGACCCAGUUUCAUGGAUGAGUUGGAGGCCAGGCCCUUCGGUCUUUAGAGACCUGGCACUGCCUUUUGUCACAAAUUUGCAGCUGCAGUGCCCAUCAACCGUGGGGACUGUAUGGCCUGCAGGAGAGCGUUAGCCGUGCGGUCAGGCCUUCCUCACAGAAUGAGAGGUACUGGUGGGUUUAGAUUAGGUAAAUCCUGUGUUUCCUGCUGUUUCCUGGCACAGGAGCUAAUUUCAAUGACAGAGGAGCUAAUUUGAUUAGUAUUUCAGCCUACUUCCUUUUAAGUCCCUUCCUCUUGUAUAUCAUUUUCCCUUUUGAUCCUACAAGUCAUGCCAACAUUGUUUCACAAAAAGACAAACAUUCACUGCAUUUUAUCUACCCUGUCAUUUAGCAAACCCUUGGACACUCUCAAGGACAUACAUCAAAGGUGGUUAUGGUUAACUUCUUACCCUUCAUUUUGACUUUGAGCAAGUAAUGUUAAAAUUUACAAGAUUGUUUUCUGUUGGCUACUAGUGGUUGAAUAUGCUGUUUCUUAGGGACACCUUAAGUAUUCUGUUGAAUUUUUCUACUUGGCCACCUUAUAGUUUUGCUUGCUUUUGUUACUUUGUGUUGAAGAGCCUAAUUUUUAUCUUUCUGUGCCUGAACAGUAUUAACUUAGGGUUUAACAACUCAACUUUUUCACUCACAGAUCUUAGGUCUUUGAUGAGCUUUCUCUUUAACAUAUAUGUAUAUAUAUUAACCCUCCUUUCAAAACGUAACAUAAAAGUCCUCUUUUGAAGGCUGCUAAACCUGACCUUUUGUGAGGAUGUUGAAACUACUUUUAUUAAAUAUUCAUUCUGGGCUACUAAAGGCGGACAUUCGAAGGAGAACAUCUCGUCAGUCCUAGAUUCAGUGCAUGCCUGGAAAAUUACAGGUUUUUAUUCCCUUAACAGGAGUUAUUUGUAGGGGAAAAAAAAAAAUCUUUAAAAACAAAACAAAACAACAACAAAAAAAAAUCUUUUUAGGUACUCAAUUAUUUAUGAGCAUAUAGGUUAAAAGCUACUUCAGCUAAACAGUAUUUAAAAGGCUGAUAUGUUAUCUGGCAUGAUUAGAAUAGGUCAGGAUUGCAGCCAUUCUACUGAAAGAUAUGAAGGAAAAGAUCUGAAAGAUAUAGAAAAAAAUAACUUCUUUAUUUGCUGAACAAUUUACAGUGAUCUUCAGCAUUUCAAACUUCAAUAAGUGAACUUCAGAACCUGAUGCUAUGCAGUGAAUUUAGUGAAAUACGUGCUAAAAUUUGUGCUUAACAACCCACGUGUUUGAACAUAAUACUACUGUACAACACUGGUACCAAGCAGGACAGACUUUCUGUCUGGAACAGGGCUGAAAGUAAUUGCCUCAUGAGUCCAGACACCACCGGCAGCACUGUAACAUUUUUCAGGAUCUCAGCUGCAUGGGGAGUCCAGUGCCAGAUAACAACUAUGAGAGGGACAUGUGCCAGUUGUGGCCACUGCUAGUGGGAGCUUGGUAGAGCUGUAAGAGGGGAAUCAAGGAGAGACCAGCUGCGUUUAGUUCUGGUACAACUUGCCCUGACUUAAAACCACAUUAGACAAAACCAGGGUUUUGUCUGGUUCAUCUUGACAGACAACCUGAGAGUGUGUGUUAGCUCAUGUUCUCUGGAGCCAUGGAAAGGCAUGGACUCCACAGUCAGGACAGGGCGCUCAAGAAGUUCUGCAGCAAAUUGUGUUGCUGUAAGCAGUGAAAGAGAAUGAUUUGGUCUUCAAAAGUAUACAGUGAUAUGCUUCUGAAUAUGUAGGGGUUUUAUAGGUGAUAGAAAAUAAGUCAGGUUCGAAUGUUUGCAGCUCUGCAUAGAAAUGCCCUUGGAUGUGAAAAUUUGUAAUGAAAUAAGUAAUGACAGGUAUAUAGGACUGUCUGAACCUUUUUCAGCUGAUUUGUACAACAACAUCUUACAUCAGUUCUUACAUCAGCUCUAAAAGUUGAAAAUACUUGGACUUUCAUACUAGAUUUAUAGUUAUAGGAACUCAUGGUCACCAAAUAGAAGGUGAACUCUGUUCUUCAUUCAUUAAUGUAGAUGUAGGAUGUCUUCAUUAUCCUAACUCAGAGAACAUAUUGCUGCUACACAAUAACAGUACAACAACAAGGAAUGUCUUGUAUGGAGAAGACAUAGACAUUAUUGGGAAUCAAAAACCAUAUAAGGAGAAGUAUGGCCACCUUUAAGAUAAUCAGCUUUGUGAAAUUAAUCAAUACAUCGCAAAAUAUAAAAUUUUGACUUUUACCCUAAACAUGAAAUAUUACAUUUAAACAUAUUCAAUAAAUACAGCCCUGUGUCUGUUUUUAUAGAAUUGCACAUUGUAUGCAGGAUAGGUGCAACAACAUGUUUAUGUGUUGUUACAGGAAGGCUGAACAAGUGUCCAUUUGUGAUUGCCCAAUUCCACGUCACAAACUGAGCUUUGCAUUUUCAAUUUGCAAAUUCCUUUAUGCUUAAAAGCUGUACCCUGUAGCACUUAACUAUUUUAAGCCUCUCCUCCUGCUUUAAAUACUGCACUUAUUUUUAGUGAGGUGGUCGUGAAUCAUCCCUAAAAAUUUUGACAUGCCACCAAAUCACCACCUGUAUACCUGCUGCAGUCCAGGAGCCUGCAACAAUCAGAAGUUGCUAAUCAAGCCCUAUGUCGUGCCAUGAAAGUGCUCAUUAGUGAUUGCUGUGGGCAGGGUGUCUGUGUGUGUCAUUUGAGUGCGGGAAGCAUCAGCUUUCAGUGUUCAGUACCUUGGCACCUGCAUCUUGCCCGCAAUAGCAAGACUUACUCUCCCUGAAGAUUUACCUCAUCAAAACUGGAUUUAAAGCUGCUGAAGUCUUCUUUCAGCCCAUUUUCUUGCCCUGCCUUCCUUUUCCCAUCAUAACAGUAGAUUUUUUACCUGUAAAGCAACUUUCAAAAUAAACUUAUUUCCUCAUUAUGCCCCCCCUAUAGAAUAAAGUUAAAUCACAGUAUGUUAUAACAGCUAAAGAUUUAGACUCAUCUUUCCUAUGCAUCAACUUUAUACUACUUAAAAGAAGUAAGCUCACUUAAAACCAGCUUACCUAGUAAGCUAGGUUUAGUUUAAUUCAGUUUUAAACUACCUUAAAUAAAUACAGGCUUAGUCACAGAGUUUUCAGAGAGUCCUUAUUCUGAGUUGCCAGCUGGUUUUGGAAGAGCACAGCUCACCUGUAGCCCUCUGCCUGCAAGCAGAAGGCAAGGGUGAUGCCACACAAACAAGAAACACCUACAUGCAUUCAUCAUUCAAAGAGGAAAGUCACACCCCACCCCAUACCCCUUUGUAAGCCUGCCCAGCAGAUUCAGAUUUCUCAGCUAAGUCUUAUCAGUGAACAAGCCAGUUUUAAUAUUGCAAAGAACAAGUUAUGAACUUCAGGAGCAACUGUAGUGGUAUGACUCUGAUAAAGGAGCUGCUGACAGGUCCUUACCAGCAAAACCUAACUGCUCUGUGACAGUUCCCAUGGCUGGACUCCAAAUACCUUUGAGUGUUCAUAAGAAAGGAGCUGGAGUGAAAUCUUCAGCAACUGAACCCAGUGGCAAAUUUCUCAGCCACUCGAGGGUUUGGAUUUUCCCUUUUCUAAUGAUGGGAGUGAGCAACGCACGCAGUUAUUUGUGCCUGUAUCAUGAGUUCAAGUAGUUGCAUUUUUUUCAUAGCUUAAAACCACCAAUUGAACGGUAGUAAGCGGAGAGGUUCUAUAGACUCUAAAUACUCUGAGACUUUAAUUAAAUAGUUUUCUAGGAUGAGAGACUGUUGUAAGCACUUGGGAAAGGAAAAAAAAAGAAAAGGAAAAGAAAAUAACCAACCAACCAAAAAAACCCAACAACUCGCAUAAGAAUUUAUGGAAGAAGGGAGAUCUCUAUAAGGUAACAUGAACUUACUUCUCAGUGUGAGACUUGGAUUCAGAGAGAAGUGUCAUGUUUUACUGCAACGUUUUUCAUCUGAGUAGAAACAGAUUGGAAAAUAAAGUCUUCAUGUCAAAAAACUGUUAUCUAAGUAUCUGAAUAUAUACAAUUCCAGUUUGAUGUUUCAUUUAUUUAUUCCGUUUCAUCACUAAGCUUUUAAUCUAUGAAAUUAAUAUGUAAUAUACAAGAGUAAAAUGUACAGAAGUACCUUUAGAUGUAAUAAUUUAAACCAUCUGUAUUCAGAAAGCGGAGAUAACAAGUUUAAAGAUAUACAAACAAUUGCAAUUCAAUUUUAGCUAAAUUUCUAAAAUCUAGAAAAAGAAGUAGCUUUGCUUAAUUAAACUUUAUUUUAUUGAUUGUGAAAAUAUAGUUUUUUAGAGUUUGGUUUUGUUACUUUUUUAAUUAAAAUUAUUUUGUAAAUAUUGUUUUCUAUGUUUUAUACCUUAGAAAGGCCGUUAAUUUGCAUUGACAGCAGCAGAUACUCCACAUGAUGCUUAAAAAGGUACUUUAGGAGACUGGGGUGGAGGUGGUCAGUAGUCAGAUUCACCUUUGCAGAUGACUGCUCCUGUUACUUCUGCAGUCUCAGUGGCAUCAUAGGAGGAGUUUUCCAUGGCAAUUUAACCUGCUAAUUUUCAUAGAGUUGACUAUCAAGUGUCAUUCUGAAGUGCUUGCCAUUUUCAUAACAUAUAAAGAAUAUGUACUUUAAAGCUAGUAUUAGUUCUUCCUUUGUUAGGAUAACAAACAACACAAAACUCAGAAAUAAAAGGGAAGUCAAAAGGUUAUACCCAAAUAUAGUAUAAGGACAAGGAAAGGUACAGUAUCUGUGUGCUCCUAGGUAGCAGUGGAAGUGAUAAAGCCUUGAAUUGGAUCAGCUCAUAGAGCCCUUUUUAGGCAAAAGUGCCGCCGAGGUCAGUUGUGGUUUCACCUGCAUAAAGUUCACUGUCAUCACAUCCAUCAUCUGUUAAGCAGGAAUUUCUGGUAGACCAGAUUUCAGGGGAAAAUACCUGGAGCGUAAUAUUGGCUUCUGUACCAACUUGCUCUCUGUAAAUCACUGGGCAAGAGUCACAUUUGGAACUAAACCCUUGUAGAUGCUGCUGGGACUUCUAAGCUUUAUUACCAAUGUAAAUUAUGUACAAACAACUAUUUCCAUAUGAAAUGUACCAUGAUAGUUUAGAGCAAAAAUAGUGAAUAACUGUACAAAAUUUGAUACUUAGAAAAUAAAAUACAGUGGUCUGGGCUUUACCAAUAUUUUAACAAUACUGUCAGAUUUGUAGUAGAAAAUGUUGUUGUAAAUGUACCUUAUAAGAAAAUACAUUUCCUUUUGCCUCUGUAUAUUAAUAGCUUUGAUUUCUAUGUCAAAGCUCAAAAUGAAGCAUGUAAUAAAACUUUUGUUAAAAAUCACUUUCAUAAUAAACAUAAAAUGGAAUGGA